CUCGGUCAAACGCACCGCAGAAAUGCUGAGAGGACGUCUCCUCCCUCUGUUCCACUUCUGCCAUCCCAAAGCCUUCUCUUCUUCGUCGUCUUCCUCCUCCUCCUCCUACCCCGAAAUCCCCACUCUCUAUUCCUUUCUCCAACCUUCCAUCUUCGCCAUCCGCACCACCAAAGGCCCACAAAACCCCGCGCCCUCGCCCUCGCCCUCGCCCACCUCCCUGUCCUCUCCCGGCAAAACCCUAACCCCAGAAGACACCGCCGCUCUCGAGUCCGACCUCCUGUCCGCUCUCCGAUCCAGCCGCACUGACGACGCAUGGAAGUCCUUCAAGUCCCUCGCCUCCGUCCCCCGACUCCCGCGCCCCGACGCCGCCGACGCUCUCGUCGCCCACCUCGCCUCCCUCCGCGACCGGCACAAUCUCAAACGUGCAUUUGCCGCCGCCGUCUUCCUCCUUGAGCGCCGCCCGGGAACCCUCUCCAUUGCCUCCCUCGAGGCCCUCCUCCGCGCCAUGGACUCCGCCAAUACCCCCGCCCCUGCCCUCGCGCUCGUCCGCUCCAUGCUCAAGAACCGGGUUUUUCCUCCGUUCGCCGCAUGGGGGAGCUUCUUGAUCCGGAUCACGAGGAGGAACGGCUGCUUCGACGCUUUCUUGCGCGUGUUCGAAGAAAGUUGCCGCCUUGUGCUGGACGAGAACGUCGAGCCAAUGAAGCCUGACAUGGCCUCCUGCAAUGAGGUUUUAGACGGGUGCUGCCGUGAGCUCGGGUCAGUAGCCGCUGCGGAGCGGGUGGUUGAGAUAAUGUCCACUAUGGGCAUGUCACCGGAUCUGCAGAGCUUUGGGUCGCUCGCCUUUUUGUAUGCAUCCAAGGGCCUUGAGAGCAGGAUCGUUGAAUUGGACAAAUUGAUGGACGCAUUGGGUUUCUCAGACAAGAUGAUCGUUUUAAAAAAUCUGAUUAGUGGAUACGUGAAGUCUGGUUCUCUUGAAUCGGUUUCUUCUGAAAUUUUGCGGGCUCUGAAAGAGAGACAUGAUAAAAGUUCAUAUUGUUUGGAUGAAGAUACCUACGGGGAAGUUGUGAAGGGUUUCACAGAUGGUGGCAGAAUCAAAGAUUUGGCUAGUUUGAUUAUCCAGGCACAAGAACUGGAGUCAUCACAAGAUUCAGUUGGCAUUGAUAGGUCAAUCGGGUUUGGAAUUGUUAAUGCAUGCGUUGGGCUGAAUCUUCUGGACAAGGCACACAGCAUUCUUGAUGAAAUGAAUGCUCAAGGAGCUCCAGUAGGGCUUGGCGUGUACUCAUCAAUAUUAAAAGCAUACUGCAAAGAGCAAAGAACAGCAGAAGCUGCCCAAUUGGUGACAGAGAUCAGCGCCGCUGGGCUUCAAUUAGAUGCAAACAGCUAUGAUGCCCUCAUCGAUGCUUCUAUGUCAGCUCAAGAUUUCCAAUCAGCAUUUUCUCUUUUCAGGGACAUGAGAGAGGCAAGAAUUCCUGAUCUUAAGACGAGUUAUCUCACUAUCAUGACAGGGUUAACAGAGAACAAUCGGCCUGAGCUCAUGGCUUCCUUCUUGGACACUGUGGUCGAUGACCCAAGAAUUGAGAUUGCUACACACGAUUGGAAUUCCAUAAUACAUGCUUUCUGUAAGGUUGGUCGUUUGGAGGAUGCUCAAAGGACAUACCGAAGAAUGAUUUUCCUAAGAUUCGAACCAAAUAACCAGACAUAUUUGUCGCUCAUCAAUGGCUAUGUGUCUGGAGAGAAGUGCUUCAGUGUGUUAAUACUUUGGACAGACAUCAGGAAGAAGGAGUUUGUUCAAUUCGAUCAUGAUUUAGUGGAUGCCUUCUUAUAUGCCAUGGUGAAGGGUGGAUUUUUUGAUGCAGCAAUGCAGGUCGUCGAGAAGGCACAGGAGCUGAAGAUUUUUAUUGACAAGUGGAGGCAUAAGCAAGCCUUCAUGGAGAACCACAAAAAGUUGAGGAUAUCAAAAAUUAGGAGGAGAAACUUCAGGAAGUUGGAAGCAUUAAUAGCCUUCAAAAAUUGGGCUGGUCUUAAUGCAUGAAGAUGUGGAGUCUGACUUCGUAUAAAACUCUAUCCAAGCAAAAAGCCUACCUUGAAGGAAAAUGCUGCAUCAAAAUUUAUUAUGUGAAUGGUGGACAAGGCAUGCUCAUCCACAUACCGUAGUCUGCAAAUGUAUUGGAAAAUAAAUUACGAAAGAUUCAGAAGUCAUUGGAGUUUGCAAACAUAUAAAUUCAAUUGGACAAGACAUGGUCGUAUCUGUCUGUACAAGUGAUGAAGUUAAAUUAUUGUUUACAGAGUCAAACAAGAUAAUGUCUUAAAACUAUAAGAGUCAACUAUGAUUUCUUUCACAGAGGAGUUCAAACAAAUACAAAAUCCACUAUGUAUGCAAUCUUUACCAAGUCAGUAUGCAUCAGUUCAUUCCAGCUUGAAAAUGUUCAGUGCUUGAGUGAAUUCCAAAUUUACUUCCACCUAGAGCAGAGAAUUGGUGCUUCCAUAUUCAAAGAUUGCUAAAUUGAAUUGGUUCAGGGAGACGUCGGCAACUAGGAAAAAUCAGUAAAUUUAGGUCAAUAUAGCUAGUUUGUAACCAUUUUCACAAUAAC